AAUCUGAACCUUCACUACCUCAACCAGCUUCUGGAUGUCCAAAAGCAGAGUGUCUCUGUGACACAUUUGAAGAAAUUGGGAACUUUGGGUGACCCAAGCUCUCUAGACGAGACCACCUAUGAAAGACUAGCAGAGGAAACUCUGGACUCUUUAGCAGAGUUUUUUGAAGACCUUGCGGACAAGCCUUACAUGUUUGACGACUACGAUGUCUCCUUUGGGAGUGGUGUCUUAACAAUCAAACUGGGUGGAGAUCUAGGAACCUACGUGAUCAACAAGCAAACUCCCAACAAGCAAAUCUGGUUAUCUUCUCCAUCCAGUGGACCCAAGCGCUAUGACUGGACGGGGAAGAACUGGGUGUACUCUCACGAUGGCAUAUCCCUCCACGAGCUGCUGUCCACGGAGCUGACUGAAGCCUUAAAAACCACCCUGGACUUGUCUUCCUUGGCCUACUCUGGAAAAGGCACUUGAUGCCCGCCAGUUUCAAGGACACUAAAAGCCGUCAAGCCAAGACCUCAGCGCCUGCUGCAGGGAGGUGUCAGUUUUGUCCUGUGCCUGCUUCUGAGGACAGUCGCAUGGUGUGUAACAGCUAUGUGGAAAGAACGUGUCACCUCCCACCCUGCCCCAAGCCCUGAUUCUUUUAUUUCUACAGAGGUUUUUUGAGUGUAUUGCCUGGUUUCCUUUCUCACAUGAUCCUUCCUUACCAUUUAUAAUGUCGUAUCCCCAUACUUUACGAUAAUAACCUUACAAAAAGAAAAAUAAGAAGGAAAAAUUCCAGGAAGAGAAACAAAGUGUCUACAUUCUUCACUCUUUGAAGGAUUUACUAAAAAAUUACAUGAAGAGCAGCUGGCUGACCUCACCAUUCUGUCUCAAAAUGAGACUCUUGAAAGGGUAGCAUGUACGUUUUCCCAGGCCUCUUACAAAGCAUAAACACUGGCGCACUGAAGUGCAGAGGCAACUCCCACGGGAAGGCCAUUGCUCAUUUGUGCUUUGUGACUGAGUUAUCCAGAGAGGCCUGGUGCUGCUGCUCCCAUAUAUCCGUAAAUAUGUGCACGUACACAUCCUGUACAGGUGUCUGUGUGUGUGUGUGUGUGUGUGUGUGUGUGUGUACUUUUUUGAUUAGUUUUGUUUUUUUCAUUGCC